AUGUCUAAACGCUCUCGGAGCCACUCUGGCUCCUCCUCAGACCUGGACUCGCAUCCAAGGUCCCCGGAUACAACAGAUCACUCCACACCUCCACCAGAGAGAACGAAGAUCGCGCGGGACUCUAUUUCCGUCUCUGAGGUUAUGCACUGUGCACUACCACCCCAUAGAGAGACUCUCUCCUUUGCUUCUUAUGAGGACUACGAAGUUCACUAUCAGCAAACUCAUGUCAACCGCUGUUCACAGUGUGGCAAGAAUUUCCCCACUGGACAUUUCUUGAACCUGCAUAUCGAGGAAAACCAUGAUCCUCUUGUAGCAGCCCGAAAAGAACGAGGUGAUAAAACGUACAGCUGUUUUGUUGAAACAUGCGAGCGACAAUGCUCGACCCCCCAGAAACGACGAAUGCACCUGAUAGACAAGCAUAUGUUUCCCAGGAGCUACAAUUUCUACAUUAUUAAUGAUGGGAUCGACAAACACACUUCUCUAUUGAGGCCCAUGAAUAGCGAUCGAAACCGUCGGCGCAUUUCUACGGCAUCUAUCUCCUCCAUCAACGAAGGACGACUACGACGUCGGAGUUCGGCAUCCCAACCAAAUACUGCAACAACUACUCCUCAGGCAUCAGCAACUCAGACUAAACCAGUCACAGAUGAUAUGGAGAUCGAUAACUUGGAACGGUCCAUGUCGGCACUUCGGUUUGUGCCUGCCAGUGUAACAAGAAACAAGGUUAAGGCGUCUCGGUAA